GGCACGCAUCAGUAGCCUGCGGUACGGUAAACGAAAUACACGUGCGGUUCGAUUUUAAUCAUCGACUUCGUUUCUCUCUGGUCUCGUUUCUCGCUCGAGGGGGGGAAAAAGGAAAAAGACUGUCCUUGUUUCUUUCUUGAAAAAUUUGAAAGUAUGCGCGAAGAUUUUUAGAGAAGAAGGGAAAAGUGAGAAAGAGAGAGAGAGAGAGAGGAAAUGAAGGAUUGGUCGGUUUGAAUGAAGUUGGUUUAGUCGGUCAAUCUCUCAGGGAACGAGAUGGAUUGGAGGAUUUUAAUAAUUGGAUUUUCGAUUAUUUUGGCGAUCAUGGUGGAUGUUCGCACAACGGCGAAUAGUAACGACACUUGGGACGAGAAGAUUCGCGAGAAAAAGGCUAGGUUGGUGAAGAAGUUGAAGAAGGAUUUGCGCAAGUUGAAGAAACAGGAAGGUGCCGUGAAGUUGGUGGGCGGCGAGAAUGGAGGGCACGAAGGAAACGUGGAAAUACUUCACGACGGGAAAUGGGGCAGCGUGUGCGACGACGAAUGGGAUUACUUGGAGGCCAAUGUGGUUUGCAGGCAAUUAGGCUUCGACGGUGCAAUUAAACCGACGGCGAACGGCCACUUUGGCCAGGCCAGAAGUGAGAUAUUCCCUAUUCGUUUCAACCGAUAUUUCUCGAAGGAGAUAAAGAAACGAAGAUAUUGGAUGGACAACGUGUACUGCGACGGGAGCGAGGACGAGCUCUCCAAGUGCAGGUUCGACGGAUGGGGCGCUUCCGACUGCGAGGGCGGCGAGGCGGCCGGUGUAAUUUGCGACCAACAACAACAGGAAGCGGAGGACGGGGUCAGGGAGCGGUCGAAGGCUGGGAGGAAGCCGGAGAAACGGAGGAUCAAGGAUAUACAUCAGCAGGGAGUGGCGAUAAGGCUGGCGGGGGGACGUGUCCACAGCGAAGGGAGAGUGGAGGUUAAGCUCGGCCAUUCAGAUUGGGGUGUCAUCUGCGGCGAUGGUUGGUCCCUGUUCGAGGCCGCGGUUGUUUGCCGGCAAUUGGGCCUUGGUUACGCCUCCGACGCCGUCCAGACCAACUUUUUCGGCGGGGAGAAGACGCCCAUGGCCAUCAGCGGCGUACAGUGUCGCGGGAACGAAAGCAGUCUGACCGAUUGUCUGCACGACAAGCUCCUCGAUUGUCCAGGCCCUGUGGAAAACGUGGGCAGCGUAGUUUGUCUUCGAGACAUGCCUGACCUAGUGUUCGACCACAUAGAACUUAUGCGAACGGCCCAUCUCGAGGACAGGCAGUUGUAUUGGUUACAAUGCGCCAUGGAGGAGAACUGCGUCGCCUCGCAGGCAUAUAAAAUUCAAAAAGAGUCGGAAAAUUGGCACUUGGAGACGAGGAGGCUCCUACGAUUCACAGCGAGGAUCUUGAACGCAGGAACCGCAGACUUCCGGCCGUCGGUGCCAAAACACCUUUGGGAAUGGCACAUGUGCCAUAUGCAUUACCACUCGAUGGAGGUGUUCGCCACGUUCGACGUGUUGGACCUGAACGGGACGAGGCUCGCGGAGGGGCACAAAGCGUCCUUCUGCCUGGAGGACAAUCAAUGCCUGCCGGGUGUGGAGGCGAGAUACAAAUGCGCCAAUUACGGUGACCAAGGGAUUUCCGUGAAUUGCAGCGACAUAUACAGGCACAACAUCGAUUGCCAGUGGGUGGACAUAUCGGAGCUUCGCCCUGGGGAAUACAUUUUCAAGGUCGGGGUGAAUCCUGAGCUGAAAGUGGGCGAGAUGUCGUUCGACAAUAACGCGGCAAUUUGCCGCCUCCUCUACACCGAAUCGUUCGCCACUGUGCACAGUUGCGUCAUGGGUCGUCCUUGACAUCCUCCCUCCCUCCUCCUCUCCCUCCUCCUCCGUCGUUACGUCAAGUCAUCGUGUGUAAGAAAGAGAGUGACACGCUCUCGAUACAACAAUUUCGAUUCCAUCGAUUCGAAAUAUAAAUUUGUGAGAAUUGUGACGAUUUAAAAGGAAGAAAAAAAGAAUAUUUUAACAUUCUAACAAACUGUAAUUCAUGUUCAUACGUUUUUGUUAAAAAUCAAUCGAUCUGGUGAUAAUUCAAAUAAAGAUGUACAGUGCAAUUCUUGAUUGCAAGGAUCCUUGUUAUCCUCGAAUAUCAAGUGGAAUCUUAUUCGAGGCAUUUGAGAGAUAGAGAAAGAGAGAGAGAGAGAGAGAGAGAGAGAGAGAGAGAGAGAGAGAGAGAGA